CGUCGUCGUCGUCGUCGUCGUGAACACCCCUGCGAAUACAUGUCCAUGGCCCUGCACGAGCGUCGGGCGCUGGUCCUGUACGGUUCCGAGACGGGCAAUGCCCAGGAUGUGGCCGAAGAGCUGGGGAAGAUGGCCCAACGGCUGCGCUUCGAUACCGAAGUGGCCGAGCUAGAUGCAGUCGGUCCUAAGCAGCUGCUGCAAUACGCUGUUGUGCUCAUCGCCAUCUCCACCACCGGCCAAGGUGAACUGCCCACCAACAGUCAAACACUAUGGAAGACGCUUCGGAGCACUCGCCUUCGUCCUGGCUGUCUCCAGCCACUCAGGUUCGCAUCAUUUGGUCUUGGUGACAGCUCGUACCCCAAAUUCAACUGGGCACAUCGGAAAUUGUACAAUCGCCUUGUGCAGCUCGGGGCUCAUCCCAUAUGCAACCGCGGAGAAUCCGACGAGCAGCAUCCUGAGGGCAUCGAUGCCUCGUUACUGCCAUGGUCUGCUACUCUGCGCCAUCAUCUACUCAAAGAAUUCCCCUUACCUGAACAUGUUGAGCCGAUUCCAGAUCAUGUAUUGCUCGACCCGAAAUGGUUGCUUGCCUUUGCAACCGAAGUGGAUCAUCACCCUGUGCCCGAUCAAACCGUACCAGCAACUUCAAGCGACACUGUUCAUGAAUUGCCCCCUGAUGGUCUAUUGCACGUACCCAAAAGUCUAGCAGCGACAAUCGCUUCUAAUGAGCGAGUGACUUCAUCAAACCACUGGCAGGAUGUCCGCCAUCUCACACUCCAUGUUCCUGGCCGUAAUCCAUACUCUCCGGGAGAUGUUGUUACUCUGUACCCGAAGAAUUUCCCUGUUGACGUGAACGAAUUCAUAGCCGUCAUGAAGUGGACAUCCAUCGCCGAUGUUCCAUUGAAGUUUGUCCCUACCACCCCGUCUACUUCCCCCUCGUCUCGUUUGCCACUCCCCAAUAUGCAGGCCACAACCACUUUCACUCUUCGUAGCCUUCUGACCAACCACCUUGACAUAAUGUCUAUUCCUCGAAGAUCCUUCUUCGCGCAGCUAGCACAUUUUACGACAGAUGAGUUUCAGCGCGACCGCCUUAUCGAGUUUACGGAUCCAGAGUACAUUGAUGAGUUAUACGACUAUACGACUCGUCCCCGGCGGAGUAUCCUCGAAGUCUUGCAAGAAUUCGAGUCAGUCAAGGUACCUUGGGAGCGUCUCUGUUCCAUUGUCCCAGCCAUGCGCGGUCGACAAUUCAGCAUAGCCAGUGCAGACCUACCCCUGACCUCGGCCCUCCACACAAGUCAAACAAGUAUUGAUCUUCUGAUUGCUAUAGUCAAAUAUCGCACCGUGAUCAAGAAGAUUAGGCAGGGAGUUUGCACACGCUACAUUGCGUCUCUCAGACCUGGACAGGAGAUCACAGUGUCUCUUUCCAAAGGCGGACUGGGUGUCACGAAAAAAGAAAUGGACAGGCCCGUAGUCAUGAUCGGUCCAGGAACAGGCGUGGCGCCUAUGCGCUCGCUGAUACAUCAGCGAGACUUUUGGCGUCAGGAGUCAGAAAACGAAAACCUCGCCAAAGAUAUGUUGAUUUUUGGGUGUCGAAAUGCGGACUCGGACUACUUUUUCAGGGACGAGUGGAGUCAACUCAAGAAGAAAGGCGUGCCGCUAGAAGUGUAUACAGCAUUUUCGCGAGAUCAGCUCCAAAAGGUCUAUGUACAGGACUUGGUUCGCCAACAAAGUGCCGGUAUUUACCGAGCUCUUGGUCAGCUAUCAGGCAUUGUGUAUCUUUGUGGCUCUUCUGGUAAGAUGCCGCAGGCAGUUCGGGAAGCGUUGAUCGAAGUCUUCCAAAAAGAGGCCAGCAUGCCGAGAGAAGACGCCGAGGCAUAUUUGGUGAAUAUGGAAAAGAGCGGACGGUAUAAACAAGAAACUUGGUAG